AUGUUAGUGUAAACAAGCAUACAUAAACCAUCAAUAUGGCCUUAAUAAACAUUCCAGCAAUCUUCCUAGCAGUUGUAGGCUUUGUUGUUCUUCGUUAUCUUUUCAGUACCAAAGGGAACCCUAUAAAUUGGCCGAUCGUCGGAAUGCUACCCUGUACUAUCCUCAACCUCCACCGAGCUCAUGAAAAGAUCACAGAAGUUCUAGAGGACAAUGGUCUCACGUAUCUGUACAAAGGACCUUGGUUUUCUAACGUGAAGUUCUUAGGCACCAUUGAUCCAGCAAAUAUCAACUAUAUUUGGAGCUCCAACUUCUCAAAUUUCCCAAAAGGCUCUGAUUUCUCUAGGAUAUUCAGCUUUAUUGGAGAUGGCAUUUUCAGUUCGGAUUCUGAUUCUUGGAAGAAUCAAAGAAAACUUGCGCAAGCAUUUCUUAAGCACCGGAGAUUUAACCAAUUCUCGUUGGAGACUUGUCGGAAUAUGGUGGAGAAAGCGCUCGUUCCAGUUCUUGAGCUUGUCGCUGAUCAGGGAUCGGUCGUGGACUUGCAAGAUUUAUUUCAAAGAUUUACAUUUGAUAUCACAUGCGAAUUGGUUACAGGAUUCAACCCGAAAUGCCUAUCGCCCGAAUUUCCAGAAGUAGAGUUUUCCAAGGCUUUGGAGAAUGGUGAGGAAGGAGUAUUUUAUCGGUAUUUCUUUCCAGAACCUUUCUGGAAGUUUCAAAGGUGGCUAGGAUUUGGCCCAGAAUGGAGAAUGCAAAAAGCUCAGAAAGUUCUUAACGACGUAUCGGCUGAAUAUAUAUUACGAAAACGAGAACAACUCAAGGAACAGUCCGAUUCGGGAGAAGGCGUUGAUUUGUUAACAUCGUACAUGAGUACCGAAGCCGAAAUCAAUGGCGCAAAAGCCGGAGACAAGUUCCUGAGAGAUACAUUUGUAAAUUUCUUGUUUGCAGGAAGAGGCACAACUAGUUCAGCACUAACAUGGUUUUUCUGGUCUGUUUCCAAGAAUCCACAAGUACUAUACAAGAUAAGAGAAGAAAUCAAAGAAAAAAUGCCAGAAAACCGGUUCUGCAUUUCCGAUACGAAAGAACUAAACAGUCUAGUUUACCUUCACGGAGCAUUAUGCGAAACACUAAGGCUAUACCCACCCGUUCCAUUCAAUCACAAAUCUCCGAAGCAAGAAGAUGUACUUCCUAGCGGACAUAGAGUGAAACCAAAUACUAAGAUUGCAUUUUCCAUGUAUUCAAUGGGGAGAAUGGCGUCGAUAUGGGGAGAAGAUCGCUUAGAAUUCACGCCCGAGAGAUGGAUCAACGAAGCAGGGACAAUAAAACAUGAAGCAGCACACAAAUUCCCAGCAUUUGGUGCAGGGCCAAGGAUUUGUACUGGUAAAGAAAUUGCAUUCACUCAAAUGAAAACGGUGGCGGCUUUCAUACUCCACAACUACAAUAUUGAGUUACAAGAAACAAAAACACUGCCCAUCGCUUCUAACUCUAUCCUUCUUCACAUGAAAAAUGGUUUAAAAGUUAAGGUUAGCAGGAGAUGGAUUUGAAUAUGUUCUACUCAAAUUUUACGUGUGAGGCUAUUGUUUCAAUGUGUUAUAUUUUCCUUUAUUUUUAAAUUUAAUAUUGCUUUAUUUUGUACUCGGUAUUUUUAAGACCAAAUCAUUGUGAUGCUCCCAGAUAUAUUAUGAUUUAUAUUCAUGUCUCGUGUUUGAAAAUUAAA